AUGCCCUCACAACUGGGUUGCGGCGUACGACCGGCGGCGCGGCAGAUGAGGGCGAGACCACCGCAGGGUUUAAUUGGGUUUAAGGCCCCUCUACAGCACGCGCGGCGAGGCUAUUCGGGCUUUCACUUCGCGAGCCCCUAUAACUGGUCCCUCCCCUACGGCGCGAAGGCGACAAAGGUCACGAAGGAGGAGCUUGAGAACCUUCGCUACUUCACCGAUCGCCCUCGCGAGCAGUGGGAUUACCACCGGGUCGACGAAAACCUCAACGCCAGCUCGGAGUUUCGCCGCACGGAGGGUCGCCAGAGCUUUUUUGAGGGCCAGCGCGAGGACAACUCCACCAUAAACGAAGGCAGCCUCCACACCCCCCGGCAUUAUCGCCUGUACGAGUACUUUGACGAGUAUACGAAACCCGGGACGAACAGCAAGGUCGCCGCCGCCCAGGCCAUGAAGGAGCAGUGGGACGCUAAGGAGUUUUACUACCCCGGGGAGGCGUGGCGGAUGAACCGCCCAGGCUUUCGCAGCGUCCCCAAGGAGCUGCUGAAUCGCCAGACGUGGUAUCACUGGAGCGAUACGCUGCUUCGCUGGGAUGAGAUUCAGCCGACGAUGCGGACGCGGUCGUGGAAUCCGGACUGGCCGCCGCCCGGCUACCACGUCCCGAAGCUGCAGUGCAAAAAAGAGUUCUACUUCGGCGUCGAGGAGAACGGGCUGGUGUCGGAGGUGGAGCGGUAUAAUUGGUAUCGCUCCUGGCUCGACAACAACCUCCGCGCCGGCUGGCUGGAGAUUCCGAUCCUUGUGAUGUUUUUCGGGACGAUGUACUACCUCGCGCGCAAUGCGAUGUCCGUCAUGAGCAUGCGCGCCGUCAUGGGGAAUUUAUUUUAUCCAGGUCGCCAUAUGGUCCGCCCGUUCGGCGUCCCCAAGGACUGGGAAAAGGAGUGCUUCUGGUGGCAGAAGCCCCUCGAGGACUUUCCAAAUCAGGGAGAGGUCUGGUAUAUGAACGAAACCCGCUUUGGGUAUAUUAAUUACAUCAAGAAGCGAGACGCACGCGAAAAAACCCUAGCGGCGGCUGAAGCUCAGUAG